AUGGAUUCACAACCCAAGUUAGAAUCAAGUCAAUCAGAUUCAACGAACAGUGCUUCAAAUAGUCACCAUGAUAACCUUCCUACCAACGUUGAUCGUGAUUCGAAAGAAGUAGUAGAGCCGCCACCAUCAACAGUCAACUUAUCACCAACCUUACCGACUCAGCCUACCGAUCUGUCCACUCCAUUAAUUCCAACUCCAAAUUCGAUCGAAGUUGGUUCUAGUACCGAUAGCCCUAAUUACACCUCUUUACCAUUCACAAUUUCUUCUCCUCACGUGGUCUCAACUCUCAAGCCAGUUCCUCCCCCUGCCUCGGUGUCUGCUCUUGCAGCGCCGGUCACCACAGCUACGACGUGUUCACGCGGAAAUCUAACAAGGUCUUCAUCUUUAUCUUCAUCUACCUCCUCAACUUCAUCCCCUUCUGCUCUUCUCUCUUAUGAGGCUACCUGUCGCAAUGUCGAAGCACCGCCUCACGCCUCAGGGUCUGCUAGCCUUCCCACAUCGAUUGGCCAUUCACCCACGCUAGUUUCUGGCUGUAUGCCUAAUCCCACAAUCUCAGCUCUCAGCAUGAGAAUGAAUACAACUCCGCUCUAUUCCUCACCGUUGGCCAAAAGCCCUGUAGUGGGCGGUGCUGAUGAUGACGACGGAUCAGAUGAUCAGGACGAUCAUGUCACUGAAAGCGACCCGACAAAGUUACAAGCGGCGUCUGAUGACGACAGGCGCCCUCAGCGUCUGUUGCCUGGACCGGCCUCCCUUCGCAGUAUUGAUGAAGCAAGUGUCCAGUCGGAGGAGGAGGACGAGGAGGAAGACGACGAUGAUCAAGAGUUCAAAGAUUUCGAAGACGAAGACGUUCUGGAUCAUUCUUCGAGCUAUGGUCUGCUGGAGCGCAGCACACGGGAAACACAUAGCACCGUCACCAGUAGUCUAAUUGGUCGCAGUGCAAGUCGCACCUCUGAUGAUUCGGAUCCCGAGCACACGUCAAGAGUUUCUAACAGCAUACAAACCUCAACCCAUCCCCAAUCGCAACCCUAUCAAGCCACUUCAAAUCGAAAAAAUAGCCUCAACAAGUCCGGCACAGGCCCCUCCCUGGCCAGGAAAGAGAACGUGCGGAUGGGCAGUCCUCUUAGGCAUGUCACACAUCUAGAUCCUGGUCCGACAUCUGCAAGCGACACAUCGAUCGAACGAUCAAGAAGUGAGUCAAUUACUCAUCGGGAUGCCGAAAUCAGAUCGGACUCACUUACACCUCAACUGGGCAAGCAUCGAAUAAUCUCUCCUGGUCCCUCUUCCACGGCGCUGGGCCUGCAUUCUUCUCCCAUACUAUCAAGUACUACACCGCUACUUCCCGAUUCUCCAAUCAGCCGACACAAAUCGCUCUUGAAUCCUAUCUCAGCUGGUACUCAUCUGAGUACAAACCUUGCACAAAUCUCGCCACUUGACCUUCACUCCGUCCCAUCAUCUUGCCCCCAGAUCCAAGCUCGAAAGGCAGCAUUUCUCACAUCCAUCGAGGCCGCGUCGACUUCCUCUCCUGGCUCCACUGCCAAAGGCCAUGGUUCUAGACCUAUUCAUCAUCACUCAUCACCAUCCCUCGCAACGCCUUCAUCCGUCAAGGCCGCUUAUUCAGCCGUCAACACUAGUACUAUGGGUACCUCAAAUAUCACCAACCCUAAUCAUCCCAGUUCGUAUCCCCACGUCCCCGCAUCACCAUACCAGCCACACUAUCAACUUACUCAGCAUGGCCGUCAGCCGUCAAUCGCUUCUAGCAGCGCCAAUCAAUCGACAGGUACCUCAUCGUCCUCACCGCCUCGCAGGCACUCUUUGGUAUUCACCAGCUCCUCGACCUCUGGUCCGGCUGCCUCUCCUACCAAGCCCAACUAUCAGUAUCAUAACAAAUCAGCUCUGUCCGCCGCGCUAGCCAAUAACUCUACCUCUGCUCCUCCCUUUCCACCGAUUGAGGCCAUCAGAAUACAACGGGUGCCAACAUCCGUUCGAACUGCGCAAGAUUUACGACUGUCCAGCUCGGUACACAUGGGCGUCACGAGUUCACCCGUUACCAGUUCGAAUCCAUUUUCUCCUACACCUGGCUUUAGUAGUACGACGUCCAAAUCCAUCCCAGCUCCUGUGGGUAUUCCUGGUGGCAGCAACAAUUUCACAUCCUCUUUAUCGUCUGCAUUCUCACCCCCCAUUGCUGGCUCAGUAUUGGCUUCUGAAAUGCCGAACCCGCUAAAUGAUAAUAGUCCAGUAGGCUCGAUGGCCAGUGAGGUAAGUUCUCAGCGUGGAUAUUUAAUACCAGGCCUCAAAUCAACUGGUGUUUCAAGUGGAAGUGUAGCUGAAGCGGGUAGCAGCUGGUCAAGCAGUAGUAUUAGUGGAAGAAGUGGAGGCGGGCCCAGACUGAGCAUGGGAAUGCUGAGCAAUGUCCCAUCUCUGGCCUCUCCGAUCAAUUUCCCAUCGCCCACGGCUCCACCAGGUGCUGAUGCUGCUAGUAAUAGCAGCAGUCAAGACAGUCGAAGGAUGAGUACGAGUUUUUCACCUUUCUUUAUGCCGGGAUCGAGCCCUUCGACUUCUCAUCCGAUCACCGCUCAAGCCAUUGGAACUCCCCAUUCUUCACCCAGUCAACCAAUCGAUCAGUUUGCAUCACGCGAUAGGUCGACGAGUGUAUUCAGCGUGUUUAGUGAAGAAGGCCCAUAUUCUCGCCGAGCACCGACACGUGGUGGAGCUGUUACUACCAGUGGCGGUCAUCUCCCUUCUGGUACAGCUACAGGUAGUAGUCAUCAUAGUGAUGAACCGAGCCUCUCAUCAUUCUCUGGCGCCGCCGCAAGUGGAUCUGGGAGCGGAAUUGGAACUGGUACCGGUCUGAGCGGGUAUUCUAACCCCUCACUUGGGACCAAGGCUGAUAGAAAACAUCAGUCCAAGUCAUCCAUCACCCAUCGUUCACUAGGUGGCGCAGGCACAUCAUAUCCAUACGGUUGUCCGGUGAGAUCUGUCCGACAUGGAUCGAGCUCACUUUCUUCCAGGCAUGGAGGUCUUGCCAGCAGUCACCGCACAUCGAUCGCUUCAGGCCCAGGACCUUCAACGGAGGAUUUCGCCAAGAUCAUCAUUCAAUCGCGUACGGCCAAGAUUCACAAAUGGAAACAACAGCAUAUGCACAAAAAAGUGUUCCCAGAUACUUUUCAGGCGUUACCUGCUCGAAGCUCACAAUCGGCUCUUCAACAGCUUACACCUGAAAUUGGUCCAUCAUCAUCAUCUGAGGCACGACUAUCACACGAGUCGGAAUCGAAUUUUCUUACUGCUCGCCCUGGACAAAGCGGAGAGUUUGAUUCAAGAUAUUUACGUCCUCUACCGGGACUAUUGCCCGAACGGAAACGUAUUCCUGACUUUGGUCCACUCUCUGCAUCACCCGAAGGAAGAUCAUCUGGGUUCCUGGAUCAACAAGAAGAGCAUUAUGAAAGGCCGAAUGCUUUAAAAAGAUCAUCAUCAACCAAGACGAUUGGGACAACCAAUCGACUUGGUGAAGAACUGGCUCUGUCGACCUCUGUGGACCCGAAUGAGCUUCUUGAUCCUCAUUCAGGAUUCAGUCCGCGCGACCUAAGUGGUGAUGUGAAUGAGCCUGGUCAGUUCAAGGAGAUUGAAUGGGUUGAUUGGCUCGACGAUUAUCGAAGGAUGAAAGAAGCCAAGUUACGUGCUGAAAAGGAAGCUCAGAUGAAUACAGCAGAGAAGAAUGACAUGGAGGAGGUUGAAGAAGUCGAGGAACUUAUUGGUGACUCUCAGAAUCCAUCCGCAUCGGAGGAUCAUUAUAACAGGGCAGAUAUAAUAGGUGUGCCAGCCUCGGAACCUGACUAUCCGGUUCCGCCCUCGCCUCCCGCUAUGUUUGACGGUCUUCGAUUACGAAGGCUAAGCGUGUCGUCUAUCAUCGGAAGGAGCACGAAGACCAACAACCUCAGCUUAGCUGAUCAGAAAGUAUCCAGCUCCAUGCCAAGUUCCUUACGACCAUCAUCUGGGAAACCUCACCCUACACCUCAGUCGGAUCUUCCACUUUCUCACCAAGGGCCUUCUACUAGCACGCCUCGACUCGUAGAUACAUUUUCACCUAGCGGAACCAAGAUCAAGAAAAAUUUCAAUCUCGGAAAAAAGAUUGAUGAAUGGUGGAAUGCUGUCCGAUCUAGUUUUACCCUGAAUUCGGAUGACAAACAAUCUUCUAGUAGUGAUACCAGCUCGAAUUAUAGGAGUAAUCUUGCUUCACAACCAUUUCCGAAACUCAAGGGAAUCCGGCGAUUAUCCUCUGGACUUCGCUCGGUCGCAUCUGCGGUCGAUCUGUUGACAAAUACCAAACCAACGCAGCCGACUGUGUUCAAUCAGCCCACUAUCACUACCCCCUACCUUGCGCCUACUACACACCAGCCUCUUCAAUCUAGGCAAGCUGAAGAGCCAUCGAUUAUCGUUCCAACGGGCGCCUUGGCUCCCAUACCAAGACUUACUGUUCGAGAUCGAACUUCUUCUGCUCAUAGCGGUUCGUCGCAUAGUAGUGAAGGCUCUAAGGGGCCUCCUGAACGUCGACGGAAUCCUAAUCUCACGCUUAACCUAGAUCCCUUGACAUGUUCUCGAGCCUCAAAUGUGUUCAAUCAGAUGAGUGAAAGUGAUCAGCGCAAAGCUGAUCCUAAAGUCAGUUCGAACCCUGAAUCGACCGUGUCAAGUUUUUUGAAACCUGGGGAAGAGGCACCUGGGAGGGCCGUGGUCUCAAGUCCAGCUAUCACACAUUCACAACCACUGUCAGCCGAACAUCAAAGAGCUCACGACUUGGGAUUCUUGGCUGCCCUUCAAAAGCCAGAACUUACCCCUAUCUUAAGUCCUACUGGUAGUCGUCUCUGGGAACAAACACCAGGCCUGGUGCUCGGAAAUCCAUUCAAGUCCAAUAGUACCUCCGUUAGUAAUGUGAUGGAAGUCGGUAACAGUUCGCCUGACGUGCCCGGUGGUGGCCCAGCAAGUGCAGUCGGGACAAUUGGCCCUCGUUCAUUGAUCCCAUCAGCAGUCCCUAAAUCCACCUCAAAUAUUGAAUCUGAUACUGGUAUUCGGACCCAAACCCGACAAUCACGUUAUCCAUCUUCUUUUGGUCACCGUACUCAUCCGCAUCAUAACGCAAGUCAGAGUGGUAUGAGUAGUGCGACGCAAGAUAUUCAGACGCCUACAUUCUCAAUGCAUACUAUCCGGGAACAUAUUCGACAUCGAUUGGCGACGGCUAAGACAGCCUGCGAUACGGCACUCAAGGUGAUUGUUGACGAAAUCACUAGCUUUGUUGAAACUGAGGCUCGCGGAUUAAGAGAGCAAGAUCGUAUACAACUUGAAUUGGCCCUUAGCUCGGCAGCUUUACAGGGAGCUGCAGGAUCUAAUUCAUGGUACCCAUCACCAACAACACUAGAGCCUGGAGUCGGUUCCGACGUAGCUCCAAAUGAAACUGAGUCCGAUACAGGCUCACAGGUGAAUUUGAAUCUCAAUCCCACAGGAGGCGAUGAACGUAUCUCACGGUUCAGCACUACGCCGACUACGUCACCGUCUCAAAGCUUGAACCGAACACUGUCAAUUCCAUCUGAUCUACUUCAUCAACCAUCCAACAUCUCUAUCCCACUUCAUCAAAGGUCGAUCUCGACCCAUAAUUCUGACACGUCUGAGACUUCGUCUGCCGCGACAUCAGCUCCCGUUAGUAGAAGAGGAUCAGGUCGCGGACGCCCAAUGCCAACUGGUCCCCCCACAUCCAAUAUGACUGCUCGUGGAGCGUUACGUCGGCCAUCGGUGGUUUUGAGAAGAGGUGGAGCAGUCGCAGGUGGUUCAAGUUGUAUCGGUAGAGGUUUGGAAUCACCUAUGCGUGCAGGUGCAGGUGGAAGUCGUAGUGUAAGUGUUUCAACACAGUAUUCGGAAUCAGUUGGACGUAGCGGACGUAGCUCUAGGUCUCCAUCACGGUCUAGAUCGCCAUUGCCAACGCAUGUGGCAUCAGUCAGAAGACAUUCACCGUUAUUUCAACAAGACCAAAGCAAUCCCGAUCAAGAAAUGGCAAGAUCAUCCGGACCUGUGGUAGCUAGUGAUGAGCUGUUCUAUAGUUCCACUUUUGUAGCUAAUUUACAAGAGAUUAGUUCGAUUGCUACUGAGAUGUUAGAUACCCCCGUUGGUGCAUUGACAUCGAAGUCGCAUGCUUGCGUCGAGGUUAUCUACCGAGUUCAACAGAUUGGAAGAAGCUGGGAUGUGAACCUAGAUUGGCCACAUCGUGGUUGGUAUGUCCGAGUUUUGUUGGCUGUCGCUGGAUUGAGUCGAGUUUUAGAAUGGUGGGAUGCAGAAAAAGGGUUUUGGAAUUUUGAGCCCGAAGACGAAGAUGAUGCAGAAGAAAUCGAAUUUUUUGCAACCAAGGCUGGAGGAGAACAGCCAGUGACAAUCGAACCAACAGCAUCUAUUACAAGAGAAGGCUUGUUGAAUGCACCGAACAACGAUUCGAUGGAUAUCGUUUUGGUUUUGAACGAGGACGAAAAGAAGCGAACUGAGUCACCUGUACAUGCUAGUUCGAAAACUGCACCGAACUCACCUCUUCAUCUUCGGCACAAAGUCAAGGACAAUAAUAAUACCACGGUCAAUAAGAAAAACUUGAAUCAAGAUUUCAAGACAGCAAUUGAUCUUGCUCGCACGGAGACUAUCUUGGCUGAAGUUGCUAUCGCUGAUGCUACUAUCUUAUAUCUGAGUCCAGGUUGGACGAAAGUCACGGGACUUGAUCCACAGUCCGUGGUGGGUGCACCGUUUGGCGAAUUGAUUGAUGGGAAUUAUGAACUAUUCAGCGAGGCAAAUCGUAAAUUGCUGGAGGAUGUUGGAAAUACAAUCGAGCUGCAAUUCACCGUUAGGAUCACACUCGAGAAUAGUGAUGACGAAGAGGAAAGUGGUGUGAAGACUCGCGAUCAUUUCAUGCCAAUGACGGGUAAAGGGAUGUUAAUGAUGGAUCGGAUCACAGGUGAAGCACUACAUUCAAUGUGGGUCAUCCGUCUCAACCCACGACAAACUGUCGAUCAAAAAACCGGAGCUGUGAUCGAGACCAAAGGACAGCAUCAUUCUCGAUCUCAGAGUGACCCGGGCGCUCCUAUUCUCGAACCAGCACCAUUGUCCACCGAACCUUUACUGUGUCGGAUCUGCGAACAUUGGUUACCCACUUAUUACUUUGAACGUCAUAAUGAGACUUGUGCAGAGACUCAUCGACUUGAGAUGCAAGUGAGCGAAUGUAAUGAACGAUUGUCGGAUUUGAAGGAUACCAUCAAAGACUUGAGGAUCGGAAUCGAAAGAGGACUGACCAACGAAGUUGUCUAUGACGGAGUUCCCCUAUUGACCCAUUUAUCCUCACAGGCAUCAAAUCUCAGUCCAUUGAAUCCAGGUCGAUCUACGAAUGUGGCACUGAUUCAUCAUAAUUCCCUCAGAGCGACUCAAAAGGUGUUAUUAGAUGAGAUUGAAGAGUUAUUGAACAUGGCACUUGAUAUCUCUACACCUUCAUCUAAUGAGGAGAUUACGGAAGAUAACAUUGAACAUCUCAAAUUACUAUCACCUAACUCGGAGCAAAAACUACUGCAGAUCACGAACUGGACCUUUAAGAAAGUAGAAGAUCCAGGAUUGAUUCAUUUGGCACAAGACGUACUGCAAGCUGCACAUGAUAAAUCAAAUGCAGUCAACCGAAUGAGGAACACCAUUCUUUAUGCCGAACGGAUUCGAAUGGAGUGGGAAGUCAAGGCUCAAAAAGCCAGUCUAAAAGAUUCCAAACGUAAAGCUUGCGACAUGUCACCAUCAAUUUCGACGGAAGAUUCCUUUAGGCAUCAGCCUGCUUCACAAAAACCUGAAAACGAUGAUGAUCGACAAGCCAAGCCGGCCUCAGGACCGAGAAAAAGUACUUCUAUACAAUCCAUCAUGCCAGAAUCUUCCCUUCGGGUUGUUCCUCGAGCAGCUCCACUUCAUUUGAAAACCGGUGACGUGAGUGGGUAUAAUAAUUCUGCUCCCGGUACUGGAACACCACCUCGAUCACCUCGCUUUACUCAUAUUCCAAGUAGCAGUGUAAGUCGAAGAGGUUCAAAUCAACAAAAGACUGAUGCUUCCAGUGGACCACUCAAUACGCCACUCUCACCAAGGAUUCCUUCAGCUGUACCAGGAAAAUCAAAAUCAGCAGCUUCAAUCAAAGAUUUCGAUAUGUUGAAACCGAUCAGUAAAGGAGCUUUUGGGCAAGUAUGGUUAGCAAAGAAAAAGACAACAGGAGAUUAUUAUGCGAUUAAGAUUUUAAAGAAACAAGAUAUGAUUGCCAAAAAUCAAAUUAUGAAUGUGAAAUCUGAACGAAAGAUUUUGAUGAAUCAAGCUGAUUCAGAUUUUGUGGUGAAAUUAUUUUAUACAUUUUCAUCUAGAGAUCAUUUAUAUUUAGUAAUGGAAUACCUUAAUGGUGGAGAUUGUGCUGCUUUGGUAAAAGCUUUAGGUAACCUUCCAGAGGAAUGGACUAGGAAUUAUGUAGCUGAGGUCGUUAUGGGAUUAGAAUACUUGCAUUCCACUGGGGUUGUACACCGUGAUUUGAAGCCAGAUAAUUUGCUCAUUGAUCAUCGUGGGCACUUGAAACUUACCGAUUUCGGAUUAUCGAAGAUUGGAUUGUUAGGACGACAAGCAGCUGAACCGCGAUCGGGUAUUAGCUUAUCGACUAGUUUAAGGGACAGUAGCAAUCUGCGUCGUCGAGGUUUACCACCUGGACUCGACACACUUAGUUCAACAGCUUAUUCAAGUCCGGAUACAUCACCGAUGGCACUUCAUUCGUCUUAUUUCCUUACCCGUCAAGCUGAACAAGAUACCAAUACUCCUAGUGAUACUUCAAAAGAUUCAGAUGCGCAUCGUAAAUUUCAUUAUCCAAAGACAAACGCAUCACAGUCUGCGAUGGGUAAAUCGAGUGCUGGUGGUGGUGGUAGUAGUCAACAAGUAAAAUCGGAUCUUGAACACAAAAAUUUCGUGGGGACGCCUGAUUAUUUGGCUCCUGAGAGUAUAUUGGGUAUCGGUAUGGACGAAAUGGUUGAUUGGUGGGCUCUAGGUGUCGUUUGUUAUGAAUUCCUUUACGGUAUUCCUCCUUUCCAUGAUUCGACACCGGAUAAAGUUUUUGAUAGGAUCUUGUCACGUCGAUUAGAGUUCCCAGAAGCAGAUGAUGAUAUAUCUCCACAAGCGAUUGAUUUUAUGGAUCGAUUGAUGUGUACAGACCCAAAAGCAAGAUUAGGAGCCAAUGGAGCCAGUGAAGUCAAGGCUCAUCCAUUCUUAGCUGAAAUUGAUUGGGCAAAUCUAUUCAAAAAUGAAGCUAGUUUUGUUCCAUCAGUAACAGAUCCUGAGUCGACCGAUUAUUUUGAUCCACGUGGAGCUACUCAAGUAUUUCAUGACGAUGAAGAAACAGGUCAAACAGGUGAAGGUGCUGAAGAUGAGAAAACACCAGGAGAAGGCAUCACCCUACAAUCGAUUACCCAAGGAGAUACCAAAAAGCCUCUCGAAGUUACUGCACGUAGUGGGAGAGGAUCGGACGACUUUGGGACAUUCAAUUUCAAAAACCUACCGGUACUUGAACGAGCGAAUGAGGAAGUCAUUCGUAAACUGAGAGGCGAUCAGGCCACCGUCACUCAUGCUGAUCGAGCUCGUCACCCCCGACACUUAUCAUUGAGCGGAAGAGCUAGUAUCGGUGUUCAUGGCAAUAUGGGUGGAGCUGGCCCUUCUUCACCGACAGAUUCGACAUCAUCCUCUGCCUUAUCCUCAGCUGCGAAACUGGCAGCCGGACCUUCAUCAGGUCAAAAUGCUGGGUUCUCACAUGGUCGACGUCCAUCAGAGCAUUUUAAUUCAUUCAUCCCUGAUGAAAUAUCUGAUGAUCCUAGUCGAAGAAACAGUCUGCCUUCUCGAAUCAGAAGAGCUUCAUUCUCAGGUAGUACACAAGCUGGAGGUAAAGGAACAGCUGUUCAACGACCCAUUGUACCUACUGUACGACCCACUGUACAGCCUCAACAGCCACCACCUGUUCAAGCUUCUCAUAAUCCUGGCUCGACGAUGAGCUCACCUGGUCAAACUUUCAAACCUUUAUUGCCACCCAUUGCUUCGCCACCGAAAUUACAAGAACGCACAGUGGAUUGUCUGAUUGCUGAAGAUAAUCCGAUUAGCUCAAAGGUCUUGGAAACAAUAUUGACUCGAUUUGGAUGUCGAUGUGUGGUGGUACCUAACGGAGCUGAAGCAAUCAGUUGUGCAAUGGGAGAUGUUGCAUUUGAUGUGAUCUUUAUGGAUCUCAUGAUGCCAAUCAUUGAAGGACAAGAUGCAGCAAGAAUGAUCAAAUCUACACAAAACGUUAAUGCUCAUACACCAAUCGUAGCAGUCACUUCAUUUGAAAGUUAUAUAAUUGCACCAUCAGAUUCAGAAGGAACUUUAUUUGCUGCUUUGUUAGGUAAACCAGUAGGAAAAAAAGAUGUUUUAGAUGUGAUGAAAAGAUUAGGAUUUGGUGCAAGACAAACUAAAAAACAAAUUUAA